UCUGUCUUAACUAAUAAAACCACUUCAGACAUUAUUUCUCCCCUCAUCUUUCUAAUAAUAACCGAAUCUAGGUAAACCAACACAACCCAAACUAAAUCACUCAUAAAAUCUAAACAUCACACACAUUUUCAUUUUGGGAAAGCAAACAAAGAAAGAAUCUUUCUUCAUCUUUUUUUCUUCAUCUUCUUCUUCUUCAUCUUCUUAUUCCCAUACACACUCUCCCAUUCACAUUUCUGCAAAACCCUAAAUCAGGGUUUUUCGUUGCCUCGGCUCUUCUAUUACUCGGAAUGAGGAACCGGUGUUGGUUUUGGUGACGGAAAUGGAAAACGGUGUGUGGACGGGUCGGUGGUUUUGGACCAACCUGGCUCUGUUGCACCGUAAUGGCAAGCACGUGUCUUGGUCGAUGGUUUGUGGGGUAAUGCUAUUCGGGUUGGGCCUGAUUUCCCUAUUGACGGGCCACGUCGCUUCUGAUCUCGAAUGGUACUCUCACCGACUCCACCGCCGCACUCUCUCCACACUGGAUGGAGGCGAGGAUGAGCCAAUUGAUAUUUGGAAAUCGCAGUAUUCUAAAUACUAUUAUGGAUGCAAAGAGAGGGGGCGGCAUUUUGGUCCUGCUGUACGUGAGCGCAAGUCCAAUGGCUACUUGCUGAUUGCUACAAGUGGAGGACUUAACCAACAAAGAACUGGGAUAACAGACGCAGUUGUGGUUGCAAGAAUUCUUAAUGCCACACUAGUUAUUCCUGAGUUGGAUCAUCAAUCUUUUUGGAAGGAUGACAGUGACUUUGCCAAUAUUUUUGAUGUGAAUUGGUUCAUUACGUAUCUUGCAAAAGAUAUUACAAUUAUUAAAAGAGUUCCUGAUAAGAUCAUGCGGUCUAUGGAAAAGCCCCCUUAUACAAUGCGUGUCCCAAGGAAAUCAGAACCUGAAUAUUAUCUUGAUCAAGUUUUGCCAAUACUCUUGAGAAGACGGGUUCUACAAUUGACUAAAUUUGACUAUAGACUUGCAAAUAAUCUUGAUGAUGAGCUGCAAAAAUUACGCUGCCGUGUUAAUUAUCAUGCUUUGAGGUUUACAAAACCUAUACGACAACUUGGUCAAAGAGUUGUAAUGAAAAUGCGUAAGAUGGCAAGCCGUUAUGUAGCAGUCCAUUUGAGGUUUGAGCCAGAUAUGCUAGCAUUUUCAGGUUGCUAUUUUGGUGGGGGUGAGAGAGAAAGACAUGAGCUCGGUGAAAUCAGGAAAAGGUGGACAACAUUGCCUGAUUUGAGCCCUGAUGGAGAGAGAAAGCGUGGGAAAUGCCCUCUUACUCCUCAUGAAGUAGGUUUAAUGCUGCGAGCGCUGGGUUUUACAAAUGACACAUACCUAUAUGUUGCAUCAGGAGAGAUAUAUGGUGGCGAUGAAACCAUGCAGCCUCUCAAAGAUCUCUUCCCUAACAUUUAUACAAAGGAUAUGCUUGCUGAAGAAGAGCUGAAACCUUUUCAUCCAUUCUCUUCCCGCCUUGCUGCUAUUGACUACAUCGUUUGUGAUGAAAGUAAUGUGUUUGUCACUAACAAUAAUGGUAACAUGGCCAAAAUCCUAGCUGGACGUAGGAGGUAUAUGGGUCACAAAAGAACCAUCAGACCAAAUGCAAAGAAGCUUAGUGCACUAUUCACAUCAAGGCACGAGAUGGACUGGUAUACAUUUGCGAGUAAGGUUAAAGCAUGCCAAAGAGGAUUCAUGGGAGAGCCAGAUGAGAUGAGAGCUGGACGAGGAGAGUUUCACGAAUACCCAAGCACAUGUGUGUGUGAGAAACCGUUUAUGAAUGAUCUGAGCCAAGAUGGAACCCGUCCGCCUAGACUCGCAGCCAACAUCGUUACAAUGAAAGCAGACAAUGUAAUGGUUGCCGGCCAAGAACGAGUUAAAUAAACAUGAGUAAAUUUGGUACAGCCUCCUUAAUCGGAUAGAGAAGACCUCGUUAAUGGCAAGAAAUUAUCUUCGGCUACUCCUCCAUUUUGAAGUCUGAUUUGGCAACUAUCAAAUUAGUGGUAAUUUAUUUAGUCAUUGGCCAUGAUCAAAAUCUCCUCUUUAUUUAUAUUGUGAAUGGCUCAAUUCAGAUUCAUGUAUAGGGCUAAACGUAAGAGACAUUAACGCGUUGCAAAUGUUAAUAAUAGAUGUCUUAUAGGUAAUUUUA